GGGGAUCUUCUUAUGCACGAUGUCCCUUUUAGUUCGAGACAAUUAUAUUCACCGUGGUUGUAAGUCUGGCCGGUACUCAGACUCGGAAUCCCGCUCCUCCACUAGCAAUGGUUACCUACAACUUUACAUUGGCGGUGCUUGUAACGCUCCUCUGCGAUGGCACACUGAAAUCUGGCCCUUAGAGGUACGCUAUAUCUUGAUUGUAGCUGCUCUUUGGUUGUGCUUACCUUCCCCGACGUGAGAGUAUAAAGAAGAAAUUAUUGUAAACAUGGUGUCCACUAAUCAGUUUUUUUCCGGUUUUGCAUUCACCGGGUUCGUUCUAGCCAGUGUCCUUUUGCCGCUCCAUGUAAAAGCAAAAAAUAUCGGUACAUGCGCUCUCAUUAUAUGGAUAGGCUUGCUUUGCUUGAAUGGAUUCGUAAACUCGAUUGUUUGGGAUCAUAGUGUCACCGAUUGGGCACCUGUGUGGUGUGAUAUAUCAUCUCAUUUGAUGAUAGGUGGGGGAAUUGGUGUGCAGUCAGCGUGCUUAUGCAUUACUCGUCACUUGUAUCUUGUCACAAGAAACAUAACCACUAACCGACUCAGUCAAGUCACACAUUGGAGAGCCACUGCGUGUGACUAUUUUUUUGUUAUAGGAGUUCCAGUGCUGUACAUAGUCUUAUCCUAUAUUUUUCAAGUUAGGCGCUUUAUGAUUUACGAGGAGAUAGGCUGCUAUUUUGCAUUAUACAACACGCAGCCCAUGUACCCGCUGCUUUUGAUAUGGCCGUUCAUAGUGUCUCUUAUCCUUAUUGUCUACUUAGGCGUUACUAUUCGCACCUUAACACAGCGGGGAGCAGGAUUCAAAAAGCUCAUUCAACAUGAUGAACAAUUUUUCCGACUAUUGGCACUGGCCGUUGUGAUAGUCACCUGCACAUUUCCGUACAGUCUAUGGGCAAUUGUAGCGAAUGCAACUGAAAAUCCAGUUUCUCCUUGGCCUGGGUGGGAUAUUGUGCAUGCCAAUAUCUCUCAUGUUGUUAAAGUUCCAGCUGCUGAGUGGCAAGCGCAAAUACCUGCGUAUGUCACUAGUAUACAAUUCACGCGAUGGACUUAUGUGGUGUACGCCAUCAUCGUGUUUUCUUUCUUUGGUUUCACGACAGAAGCAAGGCAGAGUUACCGUGCUAUGGCGGGCUUCCUUACUCGCUGCUUCGGUACCUUGGCGAUCUUCAAAGGUCGAAAAAUGAGGCAGAAACGUUCCCCUGCCCAUCGCAUGCCCGUAAACGCUUCCCAAAUAUCAGACCAUCAACUAUGUCCACAUACAGCGUCAGCUGUCGACAGUCUGCAACGUGACUCGUGCUUAAUCGAACUGUCCGACCCGUCAAUGGGGUCUGUUUUAGACCUAGUACGUGAUACCGAGGCCACACGCUACCCUGGCAGCGACGGCGAUGCACAGCAUGCGUACUUCGCGACGUCGGUGCUUGAACAUCCUGCACCCGUAUUGGACAUUGUAUCUGUCUUACGUUGCCAUUCACCUGAUUCAAACCUGGUUUAAUACAUCUUCGCAUGUUCCUUAACAUUGCGUAGAUUAUAGAUUUACUGGAGUUGCCAUUCCAGUUUUAUGUCCUUUUAGAGUUACUGUUUAAAUGUGCCAUGAACAGUAUUCGU